UAGUUUCUUUAGUUUGAUAUUUCUGUUUGCGGCGUGCGUUCAAUGAACUUGCGGUGUAAUAAUGCAAAUUUCCAAGUGCGUUUCAAAAAGCCGAUCCAAAUGGUGACAUAAUUGCGCGAAAAAACACUUAUGGCAGUGGUGAUAUGUAGCGAAAAGUCCCAAAUAACUGAUAUGUGAUAUGUUUGUGUUAUCCGAACGUGUUUUGUUAAGUCAUUAGUUUUCCUAACAUUAAAAUGCACGCUUCUGCUCCUAGAAAAAGCAUCGUUUGGGCGUACGUCUGGUGGCUGUUCGGGGGCAUUUUCGGCCUCCAUUUGUUCUAUCUCGAAAGGGAUGCGCACGCCUUCCUCACCUGGAGCACCCUCGGAGGCUACGGCCUCGGAUGGCUCGCUGAUGUUACCAAAAUCCCGAGAUACGUGCGGGAUUGCAACGAUGAUCCCAAGUUUUUGGAGGAGUUGGGCGAAAGGAUGCGGAAAAACAGAAAGCCCCCGUUUUCAACGAGCAGAUUCAUCUCCGCCGUAAUGGUGGGCUACCUCUGGGGCCAGUUGGUCAUAAUGGCCAUUCCAGAAGACGAAGUCUGGGGAUUUAACUGGAAAAUCUUCCAUUGGGUGAUUCCCUUUGCAGUCGCACUUGGUGUGUGGGUUGUGGGAAACAUUGGAAGAGAGAAGGGCAAGCCCUGGCUCACAAUUUUCGCCUCGUAUUCGAGUUAUCUGACGCGUUGGUACUUCCCCGACGAGAACAUUUGGCUCACAGUGAUGGUGUUUUGUGCCGCAUUGACUUUCGACACGUUUUCCAAAGAGUGGCGACGAACUCCGCGCAAGAAAAAAACCUUCAUUCGCCGAAUUACCGUCCUUAUAAUUUGCGCAAUGUUGUAUGUGGCGCUUUGGUCGUCCUAUUUCUACUUUAAUGGAAAAAUCACCGACGCCAACGGCGACGAAAUUCCCGUCCACGAAGCCAUACAUCACUUCUUCACCUCGCCCUGGUGGACCGACCUCAAGCAGUCGCUUUACGACACCUAUCAAUACGCACAGCAUCACGGAUGGUACGAGAUUUGGAGGCAAAUUAUCGAACUAUCGGACCCGCAAGGGGAGCAGAACUCGUAUAAGGUGCUGGGAGUGGGGCCUUCGUCCAGUCAGAGCGAAAUCACCGCCAAAUGGCGGGCUCUGAGCAGGGAAUGGCAUCCUGAUAAAGUCAAGGAUCCUGAGCAGCGUCAGGCGGCGCAGGACAAGUUUAUGGAGAUUCAGCAAGCUUAUGAGAUUCUGUCCAAUAUUAAGAGCAAGAGGAAGAGGAAAAAUAAAAAGUCUGUUGCCAAUGAUUGAUAGUGCUAGUUGCAAUUUAUUGUUAUUUAAUAUAACUGUGUUUUAUCAUUUGAGAUUUUAUUAGAUUAAAGAUUGAGCGAAUUGA